AGGACGGCAUGGCAAGCGAGAACAACACCCUUGUGUUCAAGCUCGACUACAAGUGCACGCGCAACCCUCCUGCUGACGGCUCCAAGCACGGCACGGUGCUCUCGAAGCAUCUCGUGUGGCAGCCCAACGGCAGCACGUACCCCCCCGACCGCCCCACCAAGUUCACGUCGUUUGGGCGGCCGCAGAGCGAGCUGCAUGACUUCUCCACGCGCCCGCCCGCCCCCACCUACCCUGACAUCACGCUCGCGAGACUGCGACCCGGACAGGCAAUAGAGCUGGAGGUGCAUGCAGUGAAGGGCAUCGGGAGGACACACGCCAAGUGGUCGCCUGUUGCCACCGCAUCCUACCGCAUGCUGCCAGAGGUUGUGUUCCGCAAGCCAGUGGAGGGGCAGAUGGCGGAGCAGCUCGUGGCGAAGUGCCCCAUGAACGUGUUUGACAUCGAGGACAUGGGGGAUGGCAUACAGAGGGCGAGUGCCCCUCGGGCGCGCAACUGCACGGUGUGUCGGGAGUGCAUCAGGGAGGAGGGGUGGGGCGACUACAUUCAGCUCAGGCGGAAACGAGACCACUUCAUCUUUUCAGUGGAGAGCACGGGGGCGCUGCCUCCCAGUGUGCUCUUCACUGAGGCAGUCAAGAUUCUGGAGGGCAAGGCUAGGCGACUAGCCACCGAGACAGACCGCCUCUGAUACAGCUAAACUACUGCAUUCAUUAGGCGUGGACUGGACUUUUCCGCCAGGGAUUUCUGUACUGCUGCAGCAGCCUGAUGGCAUCAUGGGACUAUCGUACAUCUAGGAUGCGAUGUCGUGACAUGCACCAGGGGCAGGGAUGAUGUACUGGGCGGCAUGCUGAAAUGUGUAACUGGUGCACUGGUAUGAUAAGUCCGUACGCAGUAGUGUGUCCAAUGUCAGUAAUGCACGUGCUGGAUGGAUGCCUGCCAGCCGCAGAGCAGACAUGCAAAAGUUUCUUGUAAACCGUGGGAUGUGUGUUGUUUGCGACUGCAUACUGCUGUACUUAGGGCGUAUUCCUAC